AUGUAUAAGGUAAGACAACUGCUUGGGGAUACUGUGUUGCGAGGUGAAGAGUUGAAAAAAUAUGUUAAUUCUUUACGAACUAAGAGUACAGUGUAUAAAAGGCAGCGAGCAAAUCUCUCUGCCUUCAAGUUGGCACCUGUUUUCAAGGCUGAAGCGGGCAUUUUAGCGAGAACUCUCGAUAUUAUAAGUACGGCCGACCCAACCGUCGAAAUAGCUCUGGUGAACCAUAAAAAAUUGAAAGUUGAUGACGACGAAUUACUGGAGAAGGAACAGAAUAAAUCUGUGGACUUAUCGAAAAAAUCUCUGCAUGAUUUAUCACAGCUGGUGGCGCAAACAGCGCAAAAGCUUUCGCAAGUACGUCAAGAAAUUCAACCUCUAGCAGACAAAAUCAAACCAAUAAAGGAGGAGUUUCAAACUAUUCAGCAGCAGUAUGAACAAAAGAAAAGAGUGUACGAGGCCACCUCUAUAAAUAUAACGUCACAGAUGGAGCCAAUAAAAAAUCAAGUCAAAGAUCUGACAGAGCAGUUGAACAGUAAAGAGAGCGAAUGGAAGACUUUGAGACAUAAAAUCACAAAAGCGGAGAGUUUGCAAGAGGUUGUUAUGUUUGAAAUGAAAAAUUCUAUGGUGUCGCCACGGAAGCCUUCGAAAAUGGAGACAUUAAAAGCACAAGUGGCUGAUAUGGAACGUACUAUUAAAGACUUGGAAGAGGAACAACGGACGAUAAGUGCUCGCCAAGGUGCCGUAGAAGAACAGACCAAGCUCUGGGAGAAUACGCUUCAGUUGUUACGGUGUAAGAUGCGCUCGCGUACAGAGCCCGCUGCGCGACAUGAGCGCAUGCAUAUCACGCAGCACUCGCAAAUGCUUACUUUAACUUAA